UGGGCUUACGUGUAUCUCUCUCAUUAGCUCGAUUUAUUUAUUUCUUAGAGUGAAAGUUGUUCCUGCUGAUUACACUAUUUUAUAUAUUUGGCCAUAAGUGACGUAACAUACCCAGAAACUUAUUGAUACUUCCCUGACAAACAUGCAAUCGUGCUCUAGACGGCUAAUGACUUAUCUCAGCCAAAAGAUCGGUUUCGCAAUACAUCGCCGAUAUUUCUGCGACAAGGCAAAGACCACCCUUAAAGGAAAUGCCAAUAUACUUCUUAAACAGAUUGAAGCAAGAAUUUUAGCAGCAGGCCCUAUAACAGUGGCUGAAUACAUGAAAGAAGUACUAACAAAUCCCACUGCUGGCUACUACAUGAAUCGGGAUGUAUUUGGACAAACAGGUGAUUUCAUAACUUCACCAGAAAUAUCACAAAUGUUUGGAGAGCUUAUUGCAGUCUGGCUUGUCAAUGAGUGGACCAAAUGUGGAAGACCUACACCUUUUCAAAUCGCCGAAUUAGGUCCGGGACGUGGGACAUUAAUGGCUGACAUCCUACGGGUGUUUUCCAAAUUCAAGAUAGCCGGGUCUGAUUUCUCAGUAAGCCUUGUUGAAGUCAGUCCAUAUUUAGCUCAGGUUCAAGAGAAGCAGCUGAGUCCACGUCAAGCGCAGGAAGCCACCAAGUUACCUCAAGGUUCCCAACACUACAAGCAAUCAAUAUCGUUUUACGGGUCCCAAGUACGGUGGUAUAACCACGUAGCCGAUCUUCCUCGUACCUUCACGCUUUUUCUGGCUCACGAGUUCUUCGAUGCCCUUCCGAUUCACAAGUUGGUCAAGGUAGAUCAAGGUUGGAGGGAAGUUUUAAUCGACCUAAAUCGAGAAGAUCUUACCUUGCGCUUCGUCAUUUCCCGCGACCGUACACCCGCCUGCCUGUAUCGUCUGGAUAACGAAAGCAGAGAAGAGUUAGAAGUAAGCCCGCAGAGUCUUAUCAUAACCCAAGCGAUGGCUGCCAGAAUCCAUCAAGAUGGAGGUAUUGGAUUAGUGAUCGAUUAUGGACACGAAGGCGACAAAACUGAUACAUUCAGGGGCUUCAAGAAUCAUAAACUCCAUGAUCCUCUUGUAGAUCCUGGAACAGCAGAUUUAACGGCAGAUGUAGAUUUUUCUGCACUUAAGUGGGCAGCAACGCAUCCUAGAACUUUCGAAGACUGGAAAGCCAAUCUUACCUUUGGCACUGUCGAUCAGAAGGAUUUUUUAACGAGAGUAGGUAUAAAUCUGAGGCUUGAGCAGCUAUUAGCUUCUUGCCGGGACGAAGAUGUAGCUCUUAAUUUAAAGUCAGCUCAUAAGAUGCUCACAGAUCCAAUGGAAAUGGGAAGCAAAUUUAAAUUUCUAGCUUUGUAUCCAUCUGUGAUGGAAAAAAUUCUCGAACGAUACCCUCCUCCUGGAUUUGUUUAGCAAUUUGGAAUCAGAAAUAUGUAUGAUGUAAUAAAACCACCAACACUGAAAAUACAUGAACUGGAAACUUCUAGUGAACACAAACUAA